AUGGAUUUCCUGCUGCUCGGUCUCUGUCUAUACUGGCUGCUGAGGAGGCCCUCGGGGGUGGUCUUGUGUUUGCUGGGGGCCUGCUUUCAGAUGCUGCCCGCCGCCCCCAGCGGGUGCCCGCAGCUGUGCCGGUGCGAGGGGCGGCUGCUGUACUGCGAGGCGCUCAACCUCACCGAGGCGCCCCACAACCUGUCCGGCCUGCUGGGCUUGUCCCUGCGCUACAACAGCCUCUCGGAGCUGCGCGCCGGCCAGUUCACGGGGUUAAUGCAGCUCACGUGGCUCUAUCUGGAUCACAAUCACAUCUGCUCGGUGCAGGGGGACGCCUUUCAGAAACUGCGCCGAGUUAAGGAACUCACACUGAGUUCCAACCAGAUCACCCAACUGGCCAACACCACCUUCCGGCCCAUGCCCAACCUGCGCAGCGUGGAUCUCUCGUACAACAAGCUGCAGGCGCUCGCGCCCGAUCUCUUCCACGGGCUGCGGAAGCUCACCACGCUGCACAUGCGGGCCAACGCCAUCCAGUUCGUGCCCGUGCGCAUCUUCCAGGACUGCCGCAGCCUCAAGUUUCUCGACAUCGGAUACAAUCAGCUCAAGAGUCUGGCGCGCAACUCUUUCGCCGGCUUGUUCAAGCUCACCGAGCUGCACCUGGAGCACAACGACUUGGUCAAGGUGAACUUCGCCCACUUCCCGCGCCUCAUCUCCCUGCACUCGCUCUGCCUGAGGAGGAACAAGGUGGCCAUUGUGGUCAGCUCGCUGGACUGGGUAUGGAACCUGGAGAAAAUGGACCUGUCGGGCAACGAGAUCGAGUACAUGGAGCCCCAUGUGUUCGAGACCGUGCCACACCUCCAGUCCCUGCAGCUGGACUCCAACCGUCUCACCUACAUCGAGCCCCGUAUCCUCAACUCCUGGAAGUCGCUGACGAGCGUCACCCUGGCCGGGAACCUCUGGGACUGUGGGCGCAACGUGUGCGCCCUGGCCUCGUGGCUCAGCAACUUCCAGGGGCGCUACGAUGGCAACUUGCAGUGCGCCAGCCCGGAGUACGCACAGGGCGAGGACGUCCUGGACGCCGUGUACGCUUUCCACCUGUGCGAGGAGGGGGCCGAGCCCACCAGCGGCCACCUGCUCUCGGCCGUCACCAACCGCAGCGACCUGGGAUCCUCCGCCGGCCCGGCCACCACUCCCGCUGACGGCAGGGAGGGGCAGCCCGACAGCACGCCUGAGCUGGCUACCGUGGCCCUCCCCGGCGGCGAGCACGCCGAGAACGCUGUGCAGAUUCACAAGGUGGUCACCGGCACCAUGGCCCUCAUUUUCUCCUUCCUCAUCGUGGUCCUGGUGCUCUAUGUCUCUUGGAAGUGUUUCCCAGCCAGUCUCAGGCAGCUCAGACAGUGCUUUGUGACGCAGCGCAGGAAGCAAAAGCAGAAACAGACCAUGCAUCAGAUGGCUGCCAUGUCUGCCCAGGAAUACUACGUUGAUUACAAACCGAACCACAUUGAGGGAGCCCUGGUCAUCAUCAACGAGUAUGGCUCGUGUACCUGCCACCAGCAGCCCGCGAGGGAAUGCGAGGUGUGA